AUGUUGAUAAUUGUAAUUUUAUUGAAAAUAUCUUUAAUCAAUUGUAAUCUAAAUAUUAGUGAUACUGCAAAUAAAAUUAGAUAUCUAUUAAACAGUUGUAAAAAUUCUAGAUUUAGACGGUGUAGUGCAAAUGCGAAAUUAGAUAACUUUGUUAGUAAAACUUUAGAUGUUUUAGAAAGAACUGAAUAUAUUGGUGACUAUUUGAAAAACCUUAAUGUUAGCCAGUGUCCCAACAAAAGUCUACAAAGUGAUAAUUAUAUUAAUGAACAUAUUUUUAAUGGCAUGCCAUUGCAUAAAGAUGUUCCUGAUUCUCAUUGGCAGGAAUACAAGAAAGUAUACAAAAAGCAGUACACGUCCCGAUGCCACGAAAAAUCAGCACUGUCGACGUGGAAAGAGAAUCUACGCAAAGUGAUUGAACACAACCGCCUUUUCUUGGAUGGAAAACUCACGUUUUCUUUAAAUUUAAACCAUUUUGGUGACUUGGGCGAAGCAGACUAUUUCAAGAACAUCCUGAAGUUGAUAGACACCGUUCCCCUUUUUGAUCCGGCGGAAGAUCACCAUAGAUCAGCGUUCAGGAGAAAUGCUCAUGUCAGGGUUCCUAGAAAGGUUGACUGGCGAGCGCGAGGGUUCAAACCGAAGCUUGAAGAGCAGUGGCAUUGCGGAGCUUGCUACGCCUUUGCUGUUACACACGCGCUGCAAGCUCAGCUUUACAGGAAACACGGCGAUUGGAGAGAACUCAGUCCUCAACAAAUAGUAGACUGCAGUUAUACAGACGGCAACAUGGGCUGUGACGGUGGUUCCCUUAGAGCAGCACUCAGAUAUGUCACUAGAGAGGGAUUAACUUCUGAGUUGCAUUAUCCCUAUAUUGGAAAGAAAGGUUUCUGCCACUACAAUCGCCUUUUCAAACAUGUGAAGCCUCGCCGAUGGGCGAUGCUUCCAUUCGGCGAUGAAGCAGCAAUGGAACGAGCGCUUGCUACCAUCGGACCUUUAGCGGUUGCUAUCAACGCUGCACCAUUUACCUUUCAAUUAUAUCGGAGUGGUAUCUACGACGACCCGUUCUGUAUACCUUGGGAAUUGAACCACGCGAUGUUGCUGGUAGGAUACACCCGUCAAUAUUGGAUACUGCUCAACUGGUGGGGAAAGAACUGGGGAGAAGAUGGAUACAUUAGGAUCAGAAGAGGCUUCAACCGCUGCGGUGUUGCCAACAUGGCAGCCUAUGUAGAAUUAUAAAUCACCUAGCAAACGCUGUAAAAACGAGAAGCUAAAUUCUCCAUUGACUUACUGUACAAUUUCGUGUUAGAGCUUUUACUAUUUCUUUCUUGUGCAAUGUAUGAACACUUCAUACUACCACAUGUGUACCGAUUUAUUAAAUCGUUGCGCACGCCCUUGUAAUAUUAUUGAAUAAGAAACGUGUUACACCUGGUUCAGUC